AUGCCGUUAGGACUGUCCCUAUUGCGUCCACCAUAGUUACCCGAGUGCUUCUUGUGUGUUAUGUUCGGCUGUGUGUGAUUGUGCGUGUGUGCAAAGCUAUAUUCCCUGCCAUAUUUCGUCGCUCUAUUAAAGGGCGUUGCAUCGCAGAUCGCGCAUCGUCCGUGUGGCGCCAUGAAUUUCGGGAAGCUGCUCAACGUCGCCGAGAAAAACCGCUCGGCUUCCGCGGUCGAGAAGACUGUGAAGCGGUACAGCACAGAGGUGGCUCCAGCCAAGAAGGCACCACGCAGCAAUGUUCAAUCGGCCGCCAUCAGGGCAUUCCUACAGCGGAAGGAAGAAGAGGAGCGUAGAAGACAGAUUGAGGAACAGAAGAAAAAAGAGAAGCUUCUUGAGCUGCGGGCUCAGAAUUCCAAGUCUAACAAGCGUGCCAAGGUGAUGGCGUCGCGCACCAAGGACAACAACUUUGGCCGCAUCCGUCUGACAGAGGACGAGGAAGAGGCACGGCGCAAGCGGGAGGAAGAGCUCCGGCGCAAGAUGCUCACUGACAAGGUGGAGCGCAUGAAGGCGCGCAUCAAGCUCCAGCAGGAGGAAGAGGCCCUGCCGCACAAGCGCAAGCGCAAGCGACGCAACUCCCAGGGGGAGAUCAUUACCGAGCCCGAGAAGCAGGAACCACCAGAACGCAAGCCACGCAAGCGCAAAUACGAGCUAUACACUGGCGAGCAAUCGGAUGAGGAGAAGAAGAAGCCGCCGCCGCCCAAAGCGACCCCACGGCCAGCCCCCAUUGUGGACUACCACACGCUGCUCCAGCUGGCCAACGCAAAGCAGCACGAGCCGGUUGUCAUCGAGCGGCUGGCGCCCACUCGGUCCGACGAGUCACGGCCCCUCACCAAGCAGGAGAAGGAACGACGCCUCGAGGAGGAACUGCACCGAAAGGGUGUCAAGUUGCCGUCCAAGUUCCCACCGGCCAAGCGGAAAGACGGGGCUGACAAAAAGGCACCAACGGCAGCAGUCAAUGGCAAGCGCCCGGCAGCCCCCGACAAGACGCAAAAGUCUGAGCGUGGUGAGCGUCACGUGGAGGAGCGGCAUAAGUCUGAGCGAGGUGAACGUCACACGGAGGACCGGCAUAAGUCCGAGCGUAGUGAGCGCCUCGCGCAGGAGCGGCAGAAGUCAGAGCGCGAGCGUCUCAUGGAGGAGCGGCAGCGGCUGAUGGAGGAGGAAGAGCGCGAGCUGCAGGAGAUGGAGCAGCGGCUGGCCGAGCGUCGCAAGGAGAUCGCCCGCAAGCAGCGAGAGCUUGAGGAGAAGGAGGCGAGAGCAUCCUCUGCAAAGCGACCGCCCGAGAAGACAGCCCCACCUAAGAAGCCCUCCAGCCAGCCUGCAGGGCGCCCUAGUUCCAGUGGGGGAGAGAGGAGGGACAGAGAUAGUGCACCACCCUCGGUCAAGAAGCCACCUGGGAGCAGUAUGGCCGACGACCGAAGACCAAAAGUCUCAUCCGAGACAUCUGCGCACAAUCGACCGUCGUCUUCAUCCCUUUCCAAAAAGCCGUCAUCGUCUUCAUCAUCAUCAUCUCGAGAUGCACUAAAGAAUGGCAGCCGAGCACCGGAUGCCCGUUCUUCGCUCUCCAAGAAGCCCACCUCCUUGUCCAAAUCUCGAGUUGAAGAUGAGGAGGACGAGGGGGACACCUUCUACGCAUACUCGCACAAGCCCAAGGCUCCACUGCCCAAGGGCUCCUCUUCAGCGUCAUCAUCAUCGCAGUUGUCCAAGAAGCCAUCAUCGUCUUCCAACGCAGCCGAUGUCAAACGCAGCUCCUCGGGUUCCACCUCCCACAGCCACAAGUCAUCGCACAGCAGGGAUGACAGUCGCACAUCAACGCACAAGUCGGCCGUUCCGAGCCGUGCACGAGAGGAGGCACGUCGGAAAGGCGAGGAGAAGUCGGCUAGUAACUCACGGCUGAGCGAGGAGGAGCUGGCACGGCGUAAGGAGCAGGCGUUGCGCAUCAAGCGCCAGCUGGAGGAGAAGCGCAAGGAGACAACAGAGCCUGCGCCAAAGACCAAGAAGCUGGAGGAACAGUACGAGGACCUCUACCGGCGGCUACAGGGUGUCCAGUACAUAGAUUCUGAAGAAGAUGAUGACGAGUACGAGGAUGAAGAGGACGAGAUGGAUGACUUUAUUGAUGACACACCGCAAGAUAUUGACUACUCCAAGCAUAUCCGUGAGAUCUUUGGCUACGAUAAGAACAUGUUUGAGGAUGAUGAAGAUGAUGAAGCCAUGGAGUCAAGCUAUGCAGAACAGAUGAAGGAGGAAGUUCGAAGUGCGAGAAUCGGACUCAAGGAGGACCUCGAGGACAUGAGGCGCGAGGAAGAGGAGCUGCGACAGAAGCAAAUGCGCAAGCUGCAGAUGAUGCGCAAGAUGCACCGAAAGCUGUAGAGCCCCCAUGCUAAUGGCAUGCUGGACUGUGUGGCUAAAGUGGUGUCAAACAAAGGCCAAGGAACUGUGACCGUCCCUGAGUGAAGUGUUCACAUUGUGCUUGCCUGUGCAGCGGAAAGUGUCUCUUUGAUGCCAUCUGCGUGCUACAGCAGUGACGACCAUUUGAUGCCACUGCAUUCGCACUGCGUCUUAUGCAGUUGUCGCAGCCCAACCUGCAUCUUUGUGCCCUGCUGGGAGGUCAGGUGAAUUUUUUUCCCCGGAAAGUUUUGCUUGGAAAUGGUGCUGUCGAUGCCAGCAAAAGCAACAGUCGCUACCCACUGGAACUGGAUUUGAGGACAUGCGUUGGAAAAAGACGUGUUUCUGGGCGAAACUUAGAAUUCGGGACUGUAGCCAAACAACGUACUGCAAGCCUCACCGAGUGCUAUAACUGCCCGGUGGCAUAUUGUGUUUUAUCUGCAUGUCUGUUGUGUUGCCCCUUGCAUCUGAAAGCUAUUAUUGGCAUGUACUGUCUGUCGCACAAUCUGAAUGCUUGCAUGCGAAUUAGUGCUGCUUCUCCCUGCAUGUGAGAACACACUAAUUGUGAUCCUUGUGGACAUGUUCUGGGAGCAACCCACAGGCUUGCUGGCUUGCCUGAAGCUUGCAUGGUACAGAAGCUAUAAGGUGGACACUUCAGCAGACCCAAGUAACCACCUCAAAUGGGCAAACUGAGCAUAGGCGUUCUUGCCACCUGCUGCUACCAUCAAGUGGUUUACUGUUACACUUUCACCUGCUCAAGUGCUGCAUCACUGCUCGCUGGUUGGCUCAGGCACUCGUGUGAGUUUUGAAUGGUGCCCACCACUGUUUGCUGUAGAUGAACAUGGCUUGUCUCUGUGCAUGGCUUGUGUUGUUGGGAAGCUUACCGCACUGAAAGCUUGCAUUCAGUUUGUGACUUAAAUUCUGUAGUAGACGGCACGGCGCUUCACCUGAUAGUGGCUACUACCAUGUCUUAUUUCUUUUGGGGCAUAUCUGCGCAGUCAUAUAAAAGCUUUCUGUUUUC